AGUCGACACAUGAUAAGAUGUCUGGGUGUCCCAGAGGUCUUCCAGGUGGAGCUGCAGCGUGAGAAACCCUCCAAUCAGAGCAGUCAAGUACGUGGGGCUGUGACUCAUCAGGAAACAACUCACCUGAGUUCUUCUCCGUCAACUCUUUGGACUGUUUGAAGAAACUGACCCAUCAGAGACCAGACCCUGCUGAACCUGAACCUGAACCUGAACCUGAACCUGAACCUGAACCUGAACCUGAACCCAGCUGUGUGUCCAUGAAGAGUAACCGGUCCAUGGAGCCACCACUACUUUAAUAAAAGACCUGUAAGGGAGAGGCGAAUAGAAAUGGAGGAGAGGAGACUUGAAAUGGAGGAGAGAGGAUUGAUGGAGAGACUUGAAUGGCAGAAGGAGCGAAUUGCAAUGGAAAGUGAAAUUGAAAUGUUAAGAAGAAGAUUGAGGACCCAGCAGAGACCAGAGUCUCCUGAACCUGAACCUGAACCUGAACCUGAACCUGAACCUGAACCUGGACCCAGCUGUGUGUCCUUUAAGAGCGACUGGUCACAGAGACGCCAUAUUAACUUUAAAGGAGAGCAACCCUCUGCUGAAAAGAGGAUCCAUCAAAGACCAGACUCUGCUGAACCUGAACCCAGCUGUGUGUCCUUCAAGAGUGACAGGUCACUUGAUUGCUUUAUUGACUUUAAAGGUCAACAACCCUCUGCUGACAAGAGAGUGGACCAGGAGAUCUCAGAGGUUCCCAGUGGUCAGUCUGCCCAGCAGCAUCAAAUACACCUGGACUCCAUAUUUAUGCUGCUGGAGGAGAACAUCGGCACUUUUGUGAAUAAUGAGCUGAAGAAGAUCCAGAAGGUUCUGAAUCCAGAUUACCCAGAAUGCUCAGAGAGUCAGAGGGAGGAUGAGGAUGAGGAUGAAGAGCAGAGGAGCAGCAGAGAGGCAUUUCUGAAGAUCACACUGCACUUCCUGAAGAGAAUGAAGCAGGACGAGCUGGCUGACCGUCUGCAGCGCAUGUGUAAACGUAAACUCAAGACUAACCUAAACCAGAAGUUCCAGUGUGUGUUUGAGGGGAUUGCUAAAGCAGGAAACCCAGCCCUUCUGAAUCAGAUGUUCACAGAGAUCUACAUCAUGGAGGGAGGGACUGCAGAGGUCAAUGAUGAACAUGAGGUCAGACAGAUUGAAAUAGCAUCCAGGAAACCAAACAGACCAGAAACAACAAUCAGACGAGAAGACAUCUUUAAAGCCCCACCUGGAAGAGAUGAACCAAUCAGAACAGUGAUGACUAAGGGAGUGGCUGGCAUCGGGAAAACAGUCUUAACACAGAAGUUCACUCUGGACUGGGCUGAAGACAAAGCCAACCAGGACAUCCAGUUCAUAUUUCCUUUCACCUUCAGAGAGCUGAAUAUGCUGAAAGAGAAAAAGUACAGCUUGGUGGAACUUGUUGAUCACUUCUUCAGUGAAACCAAAGAAGCAGGAAUCUGCAGGUUUGAAGAGUUCCAGGUUGUGUUCAUCUUUGACGGUCUGGAUGAGUGUCGACUUCCUCUGGACUUCCUCAACACUGAGAUCCUGACUGAUGUUACAGAGUCCGCCUCAGUGGGUGUGCUGCUGACAAACCUCAUCAGAGGGAAUCUGCUUCCCUCUGCUCGCCUCUGGAUAACCACACGGCCUGCAGCAGCCAAUCAGAUCCCUGCUGAGUGUGUUCACAUGGUGACCGAGGUCAGAGGGUUCACUGAUGGCCAGAAGGAGGACUACUUCAGUAAGAGAUACAGAGACAAGAAGCAGGAAAGCAGAAUCAUCUCCCACAUCAAGACAUCACGAAGCCUCCACAUCAUGUGUCACAUCCCAGUCUUCUGCUGGAUCACUGCUACAGUUCUGGAGGACGUGUUGAAGACCAGAGGGGGAGGAGAGCUGCCCAAGACCCUGACUGAGAUGUACAUCCACUUCCUUGUGGUUCAGUCCAAACAGAAGAACAUCAAAUACGAUGGAGGAGCUGGGACCGAUUCAAACUGGAAUGAAGAGACAAAGAAGAUGAUCGAGUCUCUGGGGAAACUGGCUUUUGAGCAGCUGCAGAAAGGCAACCUGAUCUUCUAUGAAUCAGACCUGACAAAGUGUGGCAUCGAUAUCAGAUCAGCCUCAGUGUACUCAGGAGUGUUCACACAGAUCUUUAAAGAGGAGAGAGGACUGUACCAGGACAAGGUGUUCUGCUUCGUCCAUCUGAGUGUUCAGGAGUUUCUGGCUGCUCUUCAUGUCCAUCUGACAUUCAUUAACUCUGGAGUCAACCUGCUGUCAGAAGAACAAACAACAUCAUGGUGGUCUGAAGUGUUCAGAGACAAAUCAACACGUUUCUACCAGAGUGCUGUGGACGAAGCCUUACAGAGUCCAAAUGGACACCUGGACUUGUUCCUUCGCUUCCUCCUGGGUCUUUCUCUGCAGACCAAUCAGAAUCUCCUACGAGGCCUGAUGACACAGACAGGAAGUAGCUCACAGACCAAUCAGAAAACAGUCAAGUACAUCAAGACGAAGAUCAGUGAGAAUCUGUCUGCAGAGAGAAGCAUCAAUCUGUUCCACUGUCUGAAUGAACUGAAUGAUCGUUCUCUAGUGGAGGAGAUCCAACAGUACCUGAGAUCAGGAAGUCUCUCCACAGAUAAACUGUCUCCUGCUCAGUGGUCAGCUCUGGUCUUCAUCUUACUGUCAUCAGAAAAAGAUCUGGACGUGUUUGACCUGAAGAAAUACUCUGCUUCAGAGAAGACUCUUCUGAGGAUGCUGCCAGUGGUCAAAGCCUCCAACAAAGCUCUGUAA